AUGCCUGGUAAAUCACACAUUUGGUGUUCUCAUCCUUAUCAUGAUGAAGUGUUAUCUAAUGGAAAAAAGCGGUUUUCAAAAGUUGGUCAAAAACUAUCACAUCCAAAAGGAAAAAGAUCAAUAAACGAACAACUCGCUAAUUAUAUCAACAGCCAUAGUGAAAGUAUUUUAAACGGAAGUUCGACAAAACUUGAAGGUGGUGAUUAUCUUUGUUCAACAUGUUAUACAAAGGAAGAAAAUCUUUUUAUGAAUGACGAAGAAACAAAUAUGGAUACUGAUGAUUGUGAAGAAACAUUCAACUACAACAACUUGCACAACGAUUCAGGUUGUCAACAAUGCUCUCCCAUGGAUGAUGAUACACAUGUUGAACAAGAAGAUAUUAAAAGAAAUCGUAAUAGCAAACAAAUUUCAAAUGCUAUCGACGAAACUUAUUUCAAACUUCGAGAGUGGAGUAAUACAAUUGCGCAAGCUACUCGUCGUGAUGAAAAACCUGAAGCAUUUCAUUCACUUAAUGUUUCAAUUGAUGAUGCUGCUUGGAUUCUAAAUCAUCUACGAGAACUGUUCAGUAUCAGCGACAACGAAGAACAACAACGACUUAUGACAAUGUUGCCACCAGAUUGGGGUCGCAAUCGAAUCGCUAACUGGUUUGGUGGUUCACAACAUCAAGCUCGACAAUCCAUAGAGCUGCGAACAACUGAUGGUGUUUUCUCGAAACCUGAAGAUCGACGAGGAAAUAAAUCACUUGUUGGACAAAUUGAACUUGCAGUGCAUAACUUCUACACAAGUGACGAAGUCAGCCGAGAAACAUCAUACAAGAAGCAGGUUAUUCAUCCACCACCAUCUAGAAAGCCCGUUCCUUUACGUUUUCUUCAUUCGAACAUUGGUGAGACAUUUCAACAGUUCAAAUUGAAGUAUCCAAACAUGGAAAUAAGUCGAUCCAAGUUCUUUUCACUACGACCAGUUUGGGUGAGGGAACAAACAACUCAUGAAUCAUGUAUGUGUAUUUAUCACGAGAAUGCUGAUUUAGUGCUUCAGGGAAUAUCAAAAUCGCUUCAACGUCUCGUCACGAUAAAAAGCUUAAUUGAAGAAACUAUUUGCAAAUCUCCUUCAGAAUCUUGUCAUUAUCGUCAAUGUGCCAAUUGUCGUCAUUUAACAGCAUCUGCUAUACUAUCUGAUGGUAUAGAUAUUGAAACUGAAGAUUCAGCUUCAUGGUCAAUAUGGAAGAAACUUAAUUCACGUUACGAACUUCUUCAUUUGACUGAUAAAUACAACAUGUACAACCUAGCUCAUCAUCAUGUAGAUUUUAAUAUUGGCGCAUCAUGGACAUUUAGUGCAUCUGGACAUGGAAAAGGUCCUUGUGAUGGCGUGGGAGCAGUGAUUAAGUCAACUGCUACACAACAUAUAAUUAAAGGUGGGCCAAAUGCUUCCUUCUCGUCACCAAAAGAAUUUUAUGAAUGGUGUGUCGACAAAAAUGAUCGACUAGUUAUCGCAAGACCUCGUCGAAUAGAUACAUCGAACUCCAUGUCAACUAAGAUGCCCGAACCUAAUCGUCCUAUUGAAGUACGAUGGCUCUCCGGUGAUGUCGUCAACAAUGAAUUCGAAAACUGUUUAAAACAGCGGUGGAGUCAACUUUCUUCUAAAGAUUCAAUUACCGGAAUUCGUGAUAUGCAUCAAUUUGAUGCAGAUACAAAUGGAUCCAUUUCAUGUCGUCGAACUUCACAAUCAAUUCGUACUACGAUCCAUACAUUUAAAAUGCCACCUACUCCUCGAUUAACUGCUAGUCGAAACACCACCGAUGGACAUUAA